CAGUCCUCGCCUAAGUAAAAUCACAUGAUGUACAUGUUGUCAUAUGACACCGAGGAGACAGCGCUCGCCGGGUUCGGAUUCAGUCCUGAUUCACCAACCACCUCCGUAAAGUACAGGCAUAUUGUCAGGGAUGAAAUUCAAUAACAUCGUCUGGCGGUUCAACUUCUACUAGCCGGAGCAUGGAAUGUUGGGGAAUCUUGACCACGAUUGCUGCCGCCUGCCUUCUAGGCAUGGUGGUAUCCCAGACAACACUCGCUCCAGCCGUGGUGAGCACCACAGCCAUCAGUGAGAACACGACUGAUGUGACUGCAACUCCCAUGAUGCUCAGCACCCUCCCCCCGAGCUGCACUGGUCUCAACUCCUCGACCUGCGAGGUCUGUGUUCCAGGGUCCCACUAUGACAACGGGACCCUGAUGUGCUCCUGUUGUCCAGACUUGGGGUCCUGCCUGUUCCCUGGGGCCUGUCUCCUGUGCGCCAGAGGCUUCUUUCAGCCGCUGGCUGGCCGGCAGCAGUGUCUGCCCUGUGGGCUGGGCCUCUUCUCAAACGUGACGGGCGGCUCCACCUGCCAGCCCUGCCCGCGCGGUUCUGCUGGCAACAUCACCGGGGCGGACUCCUGCCGGAGCUGCACCCCAGGCUUCUUCUCAUCUCAGCCAGCUUCCAGCUCAUGUAACCCGUGUCUUCAGGGAACCUUCUGCAACUCCUCUAACUGUGCGGAGUGCCCCGUCUGUCCUGUCGGCACAGAAUCCCUUCUGAUGGCCUCAAAGGAUUGCACUCAAUGUCGGCCAGGCAUGCACAAGGCAGCACAUCAGAUGAUGUGUCAAAUCUGCAGCAGUGGAUUCUUCCAGAUCCACUGGGGCAGGGAGAACUGUGACAUCUGCCCUGAAAACCACUACUGUCCUAGUCCCGAUGUGAGCCCCAUCCUCUGCCCCGACGACGCCUUCUGUCCAGCGGGGAGCAGCUCCCCCAGCUACUGCAUGGAGACGUUCUUCCGCAAGUCAGGGGAAACAUGUGAGCUCGCCCCGGUCACCAUCGCUCUGCUAGUCAUCGGUGUAGGGGUGGCCUUCCUCUUAGUCAUCCUGCUGGUCCUCCGUCGACGGAGAGACACGGACAGCGAGCUGUCCGCUGCCCGUGCCCCGCUGCUCCGCAAGGAACGUCCUCAGGGCCGCUACCACGGCAUGCCCUGCGACGCAGAACCCGUGUACGCUGGCUGGUGAUGAACACCCGGCGGUCCCGGUGGGACGCCCGUAUGUUCCGGUCCUCACUAGACGGCCACACGGAGGCGCUGCGUUUGUAUCUGCUUAUGCCACUGCUGUGGAUGAAGAACAUGUCCUGAACACCCAGCUUUGUUGAUUUGAAUACUAUGUGGAAGAUUAUUCUUUUGUGGUACUUUUUACUGAAAACUUUCCAUGUUUCGUUGACUGACACUGUUGUAGUUAUUUUAUUCGAUUAUUGAAACGAUCCCUUUUUGUAUCUUAGGCGAAGGAGUCUAGACUCGGUUGUGAAGUUUGAUGAGGACAUUCUCUAUGUCUGCAAACGCUGUCUUAUGUUGUGCACUUUGUUUCUCUGAAUUAAUUUAAUGUGUUUAAUUGCACUCGCAUCGCUGCAGAUUUGCAGGUGUUUCUGCUUUGGUUGUUAGCUUUUGGUUGUACAAAGUCAUUUUUUAUGCAUUUGAUUGCAGUACCUGAAGUUGAAUGGUUUUUUUUGUUUAGUAUUUGUCAUCUGUCAUAUUUAAAAAGAUGCUUGUGUGUUUUAAUGAAAACAAUUACAAAGCUUUCACCUCGGGCUGGACCACAGUUUAACUUGCACUAUGCAAUCUGUUUAUCGGUUGAACAAAGAAGGUAUUAAAACUGUACAGUUUUUGACAGAGGAUACUAUGUGGUUGUGGUGGGCUGUUUCUGCAUUUGUUGUUGCAAAAUUGUCUUUGGAAUGUCAAAUAAUUACACGUUGAAACAUAAAGUGUAUCUUAUCAAUAUCUUAAUUAAACUACUACAACUACAAUACGAAUAUAUUUUCAUAAAAAAUAAAUAAAAAGGCUAUAUACUUUAAAGCAA